AUUUUUACUUGGGCUCACAACGAACUCGCACAUUUUCAUUCGGCAACUUUUGCCCUGCUAGAAAAAACUACAUCAGCCACAUUGAUUGCAAAAUUUGCUGUUUCGUAAUCGGAGCACGUUAACAUUAAUUCUUUUCUAAAUCGACUUUUUUGGCAUAUUAUAUAAAAGCAAAAUGUUCACUGCCGUACGGUCGGCCCUAACUAGGUCGGAUAAGAAAGUUAUAUCACUACUUGCCCAGUCUCAGCGGGAAUAUGCCAAGACUGCUGCCAAGGCUGGAGCUGCCGGUGCAGGCAAGGUUGUCGCUGUAAUUGGUGCCGUCGUCGACGUUCAGUUUGAAGAUGAUUUGCCCCCAAUUCUAAACGCCUUGGAGGUAGAAAAACGUACCCCACGUCUAGUGCUGGAAGUAGCUCAGCAUUUAGGUGAAAAUGUUGUGCGCACCAUUGCCAUGGAUGGUACUGAAGGUUUGGUCCGUGGCCAAAAAGUUUUGGAUACAGGUUAUCCCAUUCGUAUUCCUGUGGGUGCGGAGACCUUGGGUCGAAUUAUCAAUGUAAUCGGUGAGCCAAUCGACGAACGUGGUCCUGUUGGAACCGAUAAACGCGCCCCGAUUCACGCCGAAGCCCCUGAAUUUGUAGAGAUGAGUGUAGAGCAGGAGAUUUUGGUUACUGGUAUUAAGGUGGUCGAUUUAUUGGCUCCUUACGCUAAAGUAGCUGAAGUCUUCACUGGUCAUGCUGGUAAAUUGGUGCCUCUUGAACAGACCAUCAAGGGUUUCACUCAAAUUUUGGCCGGUGAAUACGAUCACUUGCCAGAAGUUGCUUUUUACAUGGUCGGCCCCAUUGAGGAAGUGGUCGAAAAAGCUGACCGUCUCGCGAAGGAAGCAGCCUAA